AUGUACCGAGCUGUGCUACGAGGCGAUAAUAUUGUUGCCACGACCUCGCAAUUAGUUUUGGAUCCAAUGGUUCCAUAUGGCAACAAUGCCCUUGUGGACCCAGAUGACGCGACGCUCGAGAAGUUGGCUGCCGAUGCAGCUGGCAAGGAAUUGGUGUUCGGACAAUAA